AUGGCCCAAUUAGUAUACCUGUGUUUCCGUGAUAACACGCUCAGCGAACCCUUCUCGAACUUGAUUGAUAUGAAAUACGAUCACCAGAUCAAGGUAUCAAAACCAUCGUUCAAGUUGCCAGAGUUUGAAAAGGUGAAGCAAUUGAUUGAAAUUUGCAAUGAGUUGAAAAGAACUUACAAGAAAGAACCAAAUGGAGGUUCGCCCCAGUUGUUCCACUUGGCUUUGGAACAACUUCGUGUAUUGAACAGAAUAUAUGAGAACAGGACGAAUUGGAUGACGGAGUUGUUAUACCAGAGUGGAGAACAACUGUAUGCCAUUGCCAAUAAGCUAGAUGAGAUCCAAAACAAGCUGGACGGACCAGAAGAUACCGGAGAUGGAGAUGAGGAAGAAUCCUAUUUGAUUCAGGCAGGGAGAGUGAUGCAUAUGACGUUAAACAUAUGUUUCAAAGAUCGUAACGAAAGAGUGGAUGAAAAUAGGAAAAUCGGUGUUUUCUACAUUGGUACAUUGUUGUUCAAGUUGUACAACCGGAUCAAAGCGUAUGGAUUAUUGAACAACAUGUGUAAAGUGUUCGAAUCUCAUUUCAAUGAAAUCGGACCGUACCUUUCUCGAAUCAAUAAUGAUUUAAUUGUCAUUCGAUUCAAAUUUUACAUGGGGCUAUACUACGGGUAUGAGAAGAAUAACUACGCAUUGGGAUUCAAAUGGCUGCAAGAGACUUUUGACAUCUGUACCUUGUAUGAGAGCAUACCUUCCACGUACAAGGUAAGAAGCCAAGUGCUAAUAUAUCUAAUUCCAAUGAGGAUAUUACAUUUAAGACAUUAUCCAAGGUUAGCACCGUUAAGACGGACAUACCCAUCAGUGGCUAAAAUAUACACCAUGUUGGUGAAAAGUUUAUGCACUGGCAACUUGAAACUCUAUGAGAAAUUUAUUGAAGACAAUGAGUUUUACCUAGUCAAGAGGAACUUAUACGUUACUGUCCUCAAGAUGAAGGAACUAGUGGAAUUGAAACUUGUGAAAAAAGCUUGGAUCUUGAAUGGAGGUAACACUAAGGUACCAUUAGACAUGUUGGCAAAAGCAUUUCAAAUAUCACGAGGAACACCAUGUCACGUGACAGAAAAUGUUGCCCCAAACCAUGAUCAAGAACUCGAUGAGCUGGAAUGUAUCCUUGCAACUUUGAUUUCGAAGAAUUACAUCAAAGGAUACCUAUCGCAUUCUCACAGGGUUAUGAUGACGAGUAAGACACCCUUCCCCGGAUUAGCUAAGCCAUUGGAAAGGUGA